AUGAGGAACAUCGGUCGAGCGAGGAAUUCGCUCGUGCUGGCCAUCUGGCUGAUUGUACUCGCCAUUUCGGUACCUGCCAGGGCCGAAAGAUGGUCUCGUCAGGUUUCCAACAGCGAAUGGAUCCCUUUGGCGAAUCCGCGCAAUCGACAAGGACACAAUCAGAAUCUUGGAGCCCAAGUGCUUCCUCAAGUUCAUCAGCCAUUGAUUCCUGCUUCGUUGCCACCUGAGCUGCGGCAAGAGUACCAGCAACAGUUGCUGCAGCUUCAGAAAACACAAGAAAGUAUUCAAAGAUUGUUGCUGUUGCAACAGCAACUGAAAGCGCAGCAGAAUUUGUUGCAGAAUCAAGCGUUCGCUCCCAAUGGAUUACCCGAGAGCGAAGAGAAUAAACAGGCGCUACACCAAAGUGCUAUCGCUAAUGCUCAAACGCUUCCCGGGCUAGUCCCGGAGGUUUUGGUACCGCCUCAACUCUCAGAGCAACCGAACCCACCGGUAUAUACGUCGCAAAAUUUCCAUGAACCCCAAGGUGAAGAUAUAAGACAAGAACAAUACGAGGAUUACAGUGAUCGUCAACCUUCGGAUUACAGAAAUCCUGAAAGGGUGAGAGAAGAAUUGAGAGAAGAAGACAAAUACGUGCCCGAAGCCCCUACGGGCCAGGGAAGCGAGGGCGAAAACGGUGACGAUGGCGAGGAAGAGGUGCAAGUCGUCUACGUGCCGGCAGAAACGUUGGCUCAACGUGGCCACGCGAAGAACCAGCAACGCGAGCGUGAUAGGAAACACUUUGGUAAUCAAGACACUCGGCAGCAUCGCACCCGUCCUUACACCCAUCAGCAAGAAUCCUUGGAGAGCAGUGGUCGGCAACGCGAGAAUGAUCACACGACGGUGUCGCCGGAGGACGACGCUUACGCGCGUGAGUUCCUUCAGCAGUUGCAGAGAGAGCACGAGGGAACUGACCGUUUGUUGAAGGAAGCGCGUGAGAAGGAGCUCGCUCGAUUGCGCGAGGAGAGAAAAGAGAUUCAGAGACGCGCCAAGUUACAGCAAGCCGCGGUACAGCGGGAGCAGGAAAUCCAGCGGCAGCGGGAAGCCGAGAAAAAGCAGAAGGAACUGGCCCGUCUGGAGGAAGCGGCCAAACAGCGUGAGCUCGAAAGAAUUCGUGAAGCGAGGGAAAGGCAAAGAUUCGAAGAGAUGGAGCGAUCGAAAAAGGCGCAGGCACGGAUAAACGAGGAGAAAAGAAAGCAAGAGGAAGCUCGACUCGCCGAAAUCGAGCGCUUGGCAAUGUUGGAACGACAGAAAAAGGCAGAGAUCGAUAAAACGAUCGCAGCACAGAGGGAUCUGGAGAGGAUACAGAAGGAAGAAGAGGAACGUGCGAAAGAGGCCGAGAGGAGUCACCUGGCGCGGCAAAAAGAAUUAUCCAAAACCCGACAGGAGACCGAAGCUUCGCCCCAGGCCCAACCCCUCAUCAGGAAUCAUCACAAUCACCAGCAGCAUCUCGGCCAAUCAGGAAAAUACAACAGACACGGAAGGAUUCGCAACAAGCCACGACAGCGUCAACAGCAUCAGAACGCCGAAAAUUCUCAAAAGAUCGUUCACGAAACAACGACGAUUACACCGCCGUCGCCCAACCAACCACCGCUGGCAGUCUACAUGAGCAAACCGGUCGAUGAUACGCGAGUCAUAAGAAUAACGGACGUUUUAAAAACCCUGAAAGGUGCUCAAACCAUAGACGUACUCGACAGCGUUGGUCAGAAUUCCCCCCAGGUCUUCGUAGGACCAUCGAACCUGGAAGUGCCUGAGAGCUACGUGAAAUUCGACCUGCCUUACUUGUCCUCCAUCGACAACAACAGAGUGGAACGCCGCGUCGACAAAUUGCCAUUUUUCGUCGCCCCAUUGAGCUUCAAUCCUCCCCCCGGUUAUUCCAAGAUUCCAUUCCCAGCUCCCCACAUCGGUUCGGUCGUGAUAAACAACCUCGAUUCCAACAUAUCGAUCACUCAACCGGACGGAAGUCUCGAGGAAGUCAAUAAAUCACAGUUGAGUCCUCUCAUAGAACCGAAUUCCUUCAGUGAGGAUAAUAGCCAAGGACAGUCGUAUUCGACGCGCUUCGAUUCUUCAUCGACGCCUAGUUACGCCAAUGUUCGCCACGAGGAACCUUCCAGUACGGCGCAGUAUCAGACGAGUCCUUCUUACGCGACCGUCGGGGCCAGUGGGCCAGGUUCGAACUACAGAUUCCGGCAGCCUUUCGAUGCUGGGAAUCCUUCCGGGCCGCAAGAACAAUCGAAACUGAAUUAUCAGGACCAGAUCCAGCAGCGUCCAGCCUACCAGGAGCAAUCUCAUCUGCCACUGGCCCAAGAGAAUCCUCCGCAAUACAGUGACGAUUCUGCAAGGUCAACGACUCCAAUUUACCGACGACCCAACGUCGUGACUUCUUUCGCUUACCAGGAAAGCCCUCAGCCCGUACCGUCCAGCACGCCCAUAUACGAGGAGAGUUACUCCAACAUACGCGAUGACUCGUCGAACGGUCCAGCAAACUCUCAGCUCACCUCAGCCAACGCGGACCCCCCGCAACACCGCCAGGUCGUGAAUCGCUACCAACUGACGGAUCAGCGGAAGGACCAACGCGGCCAAGAAUAUUCGAACGUUCAAGUUGACCCGGAGCCCGUGAGGUAUGAAGACUCGCCCACGGGUCCCACCCAGUACAACCUGCCUGCUGAACUUCCACCGAUCCAUCCCCAACUACCCGGUCUCGUAAACUCACUUUUGGAUGAAAAUGAAGAAACUGCGUUCAUCAACAAGGAACCGAGCCUGCCUACGACCACGAGCACGACCACCGUGAGAACGACUACGACUGCUCACGUGCCUUUAACGACCCACAGGACGAGGGGACGUCAGAGAGGCAGAGUGGUGGCGACGAGACCAACCACAACGACCACCCCGGCCCCAAGCUCCUCAGCCAAGUCUCGAGACACGGAUAGAACGAGGCGGCCUUUCGGAAGAACGAGAUCAAGAUACACCACGACUACGGAAGAGUAUCGGGAAACUUACGAACCAACGAAAGCCAAAGCUUCGCCAACAACACCGCGGUACACGAGUCAGGAGAACUAUCGACGACCGGCCUCAUCGAAAAGUCAAAAAUACAAGAGCCGCGAGACCGACGAUAACCUUCAUGCCUCGAGGAGCCAAGUGCAGGACGUCCAAGCCCACGAAGCUGCCAACUCCAGGAACUCACCUUGGGACCAAAAUCCCCGACAGCCUGAAAACACCGCGACCGACUCGAACGCCCCGGUCUACUCGCAGUACGACUUCGCAUCGGCGACGACCAGUCGAGAAAAUUAUCCAGCACCCGAGACCGACGGAUCCCAGAUCCCAAGCACGACUGGCCAAGUCGAAUACUCCAAAGACCCGAUCCCCCGUCGAUCGAAACCCGCCGCCUUGAGCAGCCUGCAGGAUCAAGAAGAGUUGAUUUCACAACAGUUUCAGGAACGUUAUCCAACGGCGGACUUCAGCCAAUCGGGCCUCGACGAAGCGCCCGUUAAUGGGUUCAACUAUCAAAUCAGAAACGAAAACACUCCGACGACACCGGCCAUUCCACCUUCGUCCAAAGAUUUUUCAUACUAUCAGAACAAUCAAGAAGCCUUCGACAGUUCGCAUCUCCCUCUCGUAUCGACUAACGCACCCUUCAAGUCACGAAUCAAUGAUUAUCAACUUCCUCCUCAGUAUGAAAGCUCAGGCUUCCGUACUGGUGAUCAGAACUCCGGUUUUAGAGGCAACGACGAUGGCCUUUACGAUCCCUACUCACAGGACGUUGGGGCUCCAGCAGCAGCUCGGGAACCAGCACCGCAGGAGCUCACAACGGAAGCCCCGACGACAACGACGACGACGACGACGGAAGCGGCGCCGGUGAUUAUCCGCCAAAGAGUUCGAGCUCGUUUGGGAGGACGAGGGCGUCCAGAGGCUGUGGUUCAGACGAAAUCGCGAGGUAGCCAAGACGAGUACGUUCGUUUCAGUGCCGUCAACAACCAAAACACACCCACAACGGAACGUCCCACAUCUCGAAAUCGCGAAAACCAUCGAACAAAGCCAAAAUCCCGUCAGCAACACCAGGGAGUUCAAAUACAAACGGAAGGCAACGAUUACGUGAGGAUCCAGUCCCCUAUUAGGACCUUCCAAAAAACCAUCGUGACUCCUCCUUCAACCAGUUCGAGAACUACCACCACUCAAGUCCCGAUAACCACCACCGAAUAUGAAUCAUCUAAUGACGAAGUCGAAUACGGUUUCAUUCGACCACCCAAUUUCGCUCCAGUUCAACCAGCCGAAAACCAGUAUCAGACGCCUUACAGACUCGGCGACAAUCAGGCCCAGUUGCAAUCCAUCGUCGCAACGGACGAGACCGCCGCGGAUUCGGUUCCUAACCAUGCGCAGGUCUCUCGCAAUCGACCAAAGUAUCAAUCCCCAAAUCGUCGCCCCGCGAACAAAGUCGUUACAUCGACGUCGCUUACCUCAGAAAAUUCGCCUUACACCGAGCGACCCCGUACUCGGAUCGAGGAACCAAAGAACAAUCGAAUUCGGGUUCGGGGUAGGAAACCCGGAAGAAGACGCACGACAACGACUACCACGACCACCACGGAAUACAUCCUCGAAGAAAACAAUGACCUACCGCUCGAAGAGAACUACCCUCGGCCCUUGAAAACUUUAGAGGACUUGGGCGACAGACAAGAGUUUUACAAUGAAAAGUUAGAGGCUCUGCCUUUGGGAGCAGGAUCGCUGGCGAACUCGGCUCAACACAGUCAAAGUUCGUUCACGAGUCAAGACUUCAUGCUGAACUUUGGAUCGGAGCCAGAUCAUCUUCUAAAUCCAGAAAUAGAUCAGACCCAAUUAGCGAGCGAGGCGACCAGAAAAUACGGUAAUCCGAGCGGAACACGUUCGAGGAGCCAUCAACAUAAUCGAGACAAUCAGGAGCGAGAUAUUUACGGCUCGGAAUCACAAUGGUCGACGAAAUUAACAAGCGCCUCUUUCCAACCAAGUGCCAACGUCAAUGGACUCGGUGAUAAUGAUCGGAAAACAUUGAAUCAUAUAGAAAGGAAGAAAAGCUCGUAUUCGAAGGACGUUGCGUCGGCUGAUGCACCCGAAGUCAUAACCGCCCCACCGGAAGAAGCUUACGUCACUAUCAUGGUCUCUUCGGAUGAGGUUCCCAAAAAAUCAGCAACUUCACCAGCCGACACUUCGAUCGAAACCUCCCCUAUGGAGGACACUAAUUUUGGAAUGAAAACAGGCUUCGAGAACCAACAAAAUUUCGUAGAAAAUACUACUCCCACUCCUAAACGAACCGCAUUCGAAUCGAACUCCAAUGGAACUGUGGUGAAUAGCGAAGAAGGAACGUCCGGAAGUCCCGGUCAGGUGAAUCAGCCACCCCGAAGGGUCGGUGGACGAAGACGGCGAGUUCGAGUGCGCGUCCGACCGGCAGCGAGCGAUGACUUCGUCACCGCGGAAUCUCAGCAUUUUAAUUCCGCAGUGAAUAAUUUGCUCCAAAGCAGGCUGAAAUACCGUCGCCGUCCGGAGGAAUCGAGAGGAGCAGUGACGACAACCUUGCCCCCGAACUACGACGACUACACCAGUACGUUGCCACCGGAGAAAAGCAUUUUUGAAGAUUUGCUAAAAGAAGUUUUCGCAGCAGAGAAUAAGUCGAGUAGCGCUGAUAGUGAAGUUACGACUCCCAGUCAGAGCUCUCCUGAGCCGAGCGAAGUGCCUCAGGAUCAACUUAAUACAGUUUCGCAAGUUCAGGAAUACACAACAGAACCGGAAGUGUCGAGGUCGCCCGAAGUUCUAUCGGAACAAUCCAAUGUCGUUGUCAACCGGUCCGACGAAGUUUCUGUGGCUCCCAAUCAAUCCGAAGUCAUCGGAACGUCUGGCAAUUCCUCCGCUAACGCGUCAACGGCUGAAGAAGCAACGAACUCGACUGGGGAAAGCUCGAGCAAUGCUAACGAGCCGGAUUCGUCAACGGACACUCCUCUCAUGACGACUAUGACCGUCCCAAGAAAAUCCUGGGAUUCGACGAGUCCUUACAGAGACUCGGCGGCCUUGAACAACGGAGAAGAUCUCAGUUACUCGGAGAAGAACAGCGAGAACGAACUUUUCGACGAAAACGCAAAGGGACCGGAUAAUCGAAUAAUUGAUAGCGAUUACAGAGCGGAAACGGCCAAGAACGAAGAUAAUUUAUUGAGCGCGAACAACGAGGAAGAAAAUUAUCCGAAGAAUCAUCGCAGCGAGUGGAGCGAGGUGCGUUACCCGACGAGUCCGGAAUUGCUCAACUACAACCGUCGACCGAAUGCGACGACGAGCCCCCAUCUGCCUGGAAGCUCGACGGAAUCCGGAGGCGACGCGGGGGUAAAGACUCUCUCUGAUUACGUGAAAGCAAUAUUCGAUUCGAUGAAAAAUGCUGAGGAGCAGAAGAGCGAAAACGAAACAUUUUCGAGGGGUGAUUCGACAUCUCCUGGCGAUGAACGCGUCUCGUCGAGCACGAGUUAUUCACCCGGAACGAGCGAGGAUUCGGAAAGCGUUCCAACCACAAUUCCAUCGAGCUCCGAUUAUCCGACGGAAAAAGUAGAAAUAUCGGAAGAUUCUUCGGUUAAAUUGGCCUCGAACUCGUCGGAGAGUGAAAGUGAAGGGAAGGAUGAAGAUCCAACGGUAGGGAAUACGGAAAAUCCCGUUGAAAAUGAUACGGAAGAGUUUACCGAACCUCCGCAGAGUACAGAAAUCGUCGAAACGACGAAAUACGUCGAAGAAACAACGGAAGUGUCGACAGAGGCAAGUUCCAGCGAGACGUCAAACUCGUUCACAAUUUCACAACCUUCAGAAGCAUCCGCUAUGACGGAUUCGGCAAAUCCGAUCGAUCACAAAACUACAGCCGCCACUGAAAGUUCACCUCAAGCCAAAAAUUCGUCUGAAACGAAACUGGGCGCGAUACUUCGCACUUCGACCACGACCAAGGUUUCCCACAUGACUGAAAUUUGUUACCGAGGCAGAUGUGUCAUGACCAAACCGAAAAAGGAAGUUUAUGCGAGAUGAUUGGCUGAGGGAUGAGACAGCGACCCUCGUCGACGAUCCCAAUCGAAUUCGUGACUCAACAACUCUCGUGGAAACAAAAUAAUGCUGUCAAAAAUCACUUAAAUAUCAACUCAGUCGUGUGAUCGAGGCGUAUGAAUAGCUGAUAAGAAAAUAUGCGGGAAUAUACCAAUAUUGUCAGUGUCCAAGCGAAUGUGAACGAAGUACUUACAUUGCAAACUAUUUUUCAUCUUACUUUUCAAUGCACCGCAACUCUAGUGACGGUGAAUGUCAAAAAUAUAUUUUCCAACAAACACUUGUAUAUUUUCGCAUAUUUUUUGAGGUCCGGUGUCGAAUUUUACAGAGCGAAGUGCUUCGCCAAGAUUUUGGAGACGUUCUCCAAAAACGCAAUUUGCUACAUUUAUUAGCAAUCGUUUAAAGAAAAAUGGAAGAGUCAUGAAAUUUUACAUCGGAUUUUUGUACUUAAACUUUGUCUUUAUCAUUCAUUAUAUUUUCCAUCAUUAUUUAUUCGACGAUUUCCCUAUCGUCACACUGUGAGGGCGCGUGCGUCAGAUUAAUUGUAUUUAUCUCACGAUGACGAAAUGUGCGUAAUUAUAGGGACAAAUUUGCAUAACACUGACAACGACAUGACGCUGAAGCUUGUUAUUACAAAUUGCCCUCGUUUCGUAUACACAUAUGUAGCUCUAUUAACGUUCAUAAUACGCAUUAAAUUAUUUCCCAUUGCAAUAACAGAGAACGAGAACGAUAGCAAGCUAACUGAUCGGUUUUCUAUUAUUAUUUGUAACGAUUCUCAUCACGUGAGAGUCGAGAUAUUUCAAGUAUUUUUUAUCGUUGUAUAAUUCUUAUUUAAUUAUGUUAUUUUAUACAUUUUUUUAUCGUAAAUUUACUUGUAAUAUAUCUUAGUUUGUUCCUAGGCUCGAUCGAGAAGUUAUUUCGGAAAAUAAAAAUUUUUGAAAAAUUC